AUGGGGAUGCCCUUCGUCUCCGGCAGGAAGGCCCAGACGAAGCCCGUCAUGGCGGUGAUCCAUGCGGCGAAGAAGAGGAAGAUCCCGAACUUGAGCGAGCAGAGCAGAGACAAGAAGGACUGGGCGAUGGCGAAGGUGAACAGCAGGUUCACCGCCACCGUAAUGCUCUGCCCCGCCGACCUCGUCUCUAGCGGGAAUAUCUCGCUCGGCACCGUCCACCCCAGCGGUCCCCAGGACCACCCGAACGCCGCCACGAACAGGCACACCACCGCCACCACCGCUAUGGAGAACCCCCUCGAGAGCUCGCCGGUGUCCGGCAGCUUCAGCCCCAGCAUCACCGCCACCGUCACCUGCUCGUUCCAGCACUACGACGAUGAUGAGCCGGCGGCGCCACCUGUUUCUGAAAGAAAGAAAAUGAGGGUGGGUUUCUUCUCACCUGGCAGACGAUCAUCUGAAUCCCGCCGGAGAUGAGCAGAGGCCUCCUACCCCACCGGUCGACGGUGGCGAUGGAGACGAGGGUGGAGGUCAUGAGAACGGCGCCGGUCAUGACGGAGGAGUAGAGCGCCGCCCUGCCCUCGAAACCCAUGCUCUGGAACAGCACCGGCGCGUAGAAGAGGAUGGAGUUGAUGCCGGUGAGGAUCUGGAAGGCCGGCAUGAAGAUGGCCAGCACCAGCUGCGGCCGGUUCCUCCUCUCAAGGAUGUUCCUGAAGGGGUGCUCAACAGAGAUGGCCAGCUGACUGGCCUCCACCAUGUCCUGGAGCUCGGCUUCGACAUGGCGGGUCCCUCUGAUCUUCUCCAGAACCCUUCUUCCCUUUUCGGGGAAACCCUGUUCGAGGAGACUAUUGGGGGUCUCCGGGAGGAGGAACCCGCCGACGGUCAUCAGCGCCGCCGGCACGGCGGCGAGGCCCAGGGAGAGCCUCCACCCCCACGGAUCGAUCCUCUCGGUGCCGUAGUUGACCAUGUUGGCCGUGAAGAUCCCCGUGGUCGUCGCCAGCUGGAACAUCAUGUUGAGCCCUCCCCUGAGGUGGGCCGGCGCCAUCUCGGAGAGAUAGAGGGGCACCGCCUGCGAAGAAGAAGACGAGGAAGGAGACGGAAUUAG